AUGCUCGACAAUUCUGACACACGGAGCCAGACAGCUCAAAUUACAGCGACAAGCACGGCGACCAUGGCUCCUCCGUCCUCGCCAUUCGUCCCUGCCCUUAUCAUCGUCGACUUCCAGGAAGACUUUUGCCCGCCGAGCGGCUCGCUCGCCAUCCCCCACGGGCGCGACAUCGCACCCACCGUCAACGAGCUCCUGUCCCUGCCCUCCUUCGGCGUGCGAAUAGCGACCCAGGACUGGCACCCGGCGGAACACAUCUCCUUCGCCGCGAACCACACCUCGAAGCAGCCCUUCACCGACAGCGCGACCGUCGUCAACCCGCACAACGCCUCCGAGAGCUACGAAACGCGGCUGUGGCCCGUCCACUGCGUCCAGGGGACCAAGGGCGCGGAGCUGGUGCCCGAGCUGCGCGCUGACGGCGUCGACGUGGUGGUCAAGAAGGGCACGGAUGCGCGCGUGGAGAUGUACAGCGCCUUCUACGACCCGUUCACGAGCCCGCGGGUGAGCGACUCUGGGCUGGCGCAGACGCUGAGGGACAAGGGCGUCACGCACGUGUAUGUGGUGGGGCUGGCGUUCGACUACUGCGUGAGUGCCACUGCUGCGGACGCGGCCAAGGAGGGCUUCGUCACGUACGUGGUCGAGGAGGGCACGCGGGCGGUCGACGCCGCGGGGUGGGAGAAGUGCAAGGAGGGGCUGGCUGGUGGCGGCGUUAAGGUUGUCAGGAUGGAUGGAGAGGAGGUUCAGAGGCUAAAGGCUGCGGCUUGA